CCCCUAGAAAAAGCAAGCCGAAGCCGUCACCUAGAUUGAUCCACUCACUUAUCGCGAUUCCAAUGCAUUCGCUGUCAGCGAUUGACGAAUUUGAUAUUCGAGCUGCAUUUGAAGUGCUCGACGAUGGCGUACAAGGUCGGAUCAGUCUCGAAGAUCUUCGCACUCUUUACAUUGGUCUAGGCUUUGAGCCGAUGCGGAUGACUUUGGAAGAACUGGGAGGAAAAUUGGUUGCAAACUUGGUGGACGUCGAGAAAAACGGCGUGUCCAUCGACACAGCUCUGUUGGUCCUUUCUCGAUAUAAGCGAAACAGAGAGCUAAAUAUGCAGUCUACCUUCGAUUUGAUAGAUAGUGGCGGGAAAGGAUAUUUGACAAAAGAUGAUGUUCAACGAUUGGCGCAGGACGUGGGCGAGCCUGUAUCACAGAAACGUGCGAAAGUCUUGGUUUCCCUCUGCUCAUUGGACGGUAAGAUCGAUAUUGACGAUUUCAAUCGACUAUUUUCACCACCCAGCCCGCCUGUGAUGGAGUAGUCAGGUCCGAACGACCUUGUUUCUCACCGACCACGACGAAAGGAAUUUUUAAACUGCUUUCUUUGAUUGUGAAAGCUUGCGGACAUCGCGAAAAUGAAACAAGUCAAAAAUGCUUCUGGUACCAACUUUCGAUCAAAGCGCGCAUACUUAAUCGUUGGGUCAACAAAAGUUUGUGAAUCCUAGGCGUCUCAAUGCCUUGCUCUAAUGAGUUACUUCCGAGCGACAGCGGUCAUCUUCCGGCACCCUUUCUGUAAGGCAGACCCUUCAAAAUUUCUCUAAACGCGCCUCUGGUUGUAAUGCGUUGCGCGGUCGAACACAAAUCGUACAAUCUAUAUGUAGGAGACAAGUAGACUCUC